CACUACGCAUGUGUAUGCACGUGUACGCGCUUUGAGGGGCGCGCACCCGCAUGUAGGUUGGAUGCAGAAUCUUCCCAACUUGUCAACAUCCCGUUACUCGGACGAGCCUGAACGCAGGAUCAUCACACGUACAGGAGGAUGCUGAUCCCAACCUCUGCGGCGUCCCGAACCCCGCACCGGAUCCUCUUUUAAUGCUUUCACUUUCGUUUCGAUUCUUGGCGUUUGCACUUUUACAGCCAUGUUUAGCCGAACAGUCUCCAGUGCGCUUCUUCUGUGCGUCUUCCUGCACUUCUGCGCGAUUGACGGACAGACGCCGAACUGCCAAGAGGUCCGCGCCGUGUUUCACACUCUGCACCCCGGCUCCAAGUGGGUUCCUGAAACCGCCGUGUCAGGUGCUGACCUCCAGGUGUGCCAGACCAAAGGCCCGACCUGCUGUUCCAAAAAGAUGGAGGAGCGAUAUCAGGUAGCGGCUCGCAGCAACAUAGAGUCUGGCCUGCAGGUUGUCAGUGCCCAACUCAAACGUCUCAUCAUCCAGAACGCAGCCAUUUUCCAAGAGGCCUUCGACUUGGUGCUGCGCCACGGUCGUAACUCCACGUUGGCCAUGCUGAAGUCCGAGUUCCCCGCUCUGGGAAGCGGAGCCCAAAGCUCAGUGGGGCAGCUCUUCCUGGACAUGUCCCUCUACAUCCUGGGCUCAGACUCUACAGUGGACCACAUGGUGGCAGUGCUCUAUGGCCGCUUUUUCCACCUGGCCUACCGCCGCCUACUUGGAGGCAGUGGGUCUGUAUCUGAAGAAUGUGCUAGAGAAGCCUGGAAAGACUCAGGAGCUUUUGGGCCGUAUCCCAAACUUAUGAUGACCCGUCUGUCCCGCUCGCUUUUAGCAACACGCGUCUUCUUGCAGGCGUUGAAUCUGGGCAUCGAGGUGGUUAAUACCACAGACCACCUGCGACCCAGUCGGGACUGUGGCCGAGCCCUGAUGAGACUGUGGUACUGUCCGCAGUGCCAGGGCUUGCUGGGGCCUCCGGUCUGCAGAGGGUUCUGUCAAGCAGUGAUGCAAGGCUGCCUAGGAGGAGCGGUUGAGGUGCAGCCUCAUUGGAAGACCUACGUCGAUGGCUUGGGGAGGUUGGCGGCGGCCAUGAGUGGGGAGCAGGACAUGGAGGCUGUGGUUCUCAGACUGCCAGCUAUGAUCCGGCUGGCUCUCAAACACGCUGUGAAUGCACGCAGCCGUCUCAGUGUUGUGGUGAGUGGCAUGUGUGGACAUUCUCCACAGCGCUCCAGCCGCUCUGUAGCAUCCCCUUCUCUGCAGCAUCCUUCUGUCCCUGCUGCCAGCAGCUCUCAUCACUCAACCUCAGACCCCGAUGAGACCUUGGGGGGGCUCCGCAGGGAGUUUGUGUCCAGUCUGAGGGAAUUCAGCUUCUUCUACAGUGGACUAGGGGAGGCCCUGUGUAGCCGUGAACCUGCACCAGCAAACCACUCCCUCUGCUGGAACGGGCAGGAAAUGACGGACAAGUUUUCCGGGCCCAGCCUCAAGCGCUCGCACUCAGGUUCUGAAUCGCGAAGCAACAAGCCUCUGGAGCCUGUCAUCAGUCAGAUGAUCGACAAACUCAAGCACAUCAACCAGGCCUGGGAACUUUACUUGCCUGCCUACCUACCUACCGACCUAUGCUGCACAUCCUUCAUGCCCUCGAUCACCUGCCACGCACCUUGCUAUUCAUGCCCCUUGUUUUUGGUCAUAUUACUGCGGAUGGUGACGGUUUCUGAGAAGCGCUGGAGGGCCCGGACACGCGCAGGCGGUGCGGAUGGAUGGAGUGACGACGGCGGAGAAGGAUUUGAGAGUGGCGACUGUGACGACGAGGAUGAAUGCACCGGUGUCUCUGGCCUGGGACCGCCUCCACGACGCAAGAGGUUACGAGUCUUUGCAGACCUGGCAGACAACCUGGCGAUGGAUGACUUCACCUUCCAGGAGCAGCUUCUGACCCCACCACUGUCCCCGGCUGGUUCAGGAGGGAUCUCGUCACUCGGGGCUGCAGCACGCAGCUUCAAUCUGGUGCUGACGUCUUCCAUGACACUUUCUUUCUUCCUGCUGUGUCGCCACUGACCGUCAGCUUUGUAUCCUCCAAAAAAAAAAGAAAAACUCACUUUCAAAAUGAAUCAUUUUCUUUAACUCUUUUUAAAGCCCACCUGAUGAACCUGCCAUCGUGUAAAUAAGAAUAUUGGCCACGCCCACAAUUACCAGGCGCUGUCAUUGUGGUCUUCUGUUCUCCGUCUGCACUAAAUUACUGCCUGCCCGGUCCAAAUGUAAAAUAACUGCUUUCCUUUGGCUUAUAUUUCUCGCUUGUUCAUGUGCUAAAAAUAGACACAUAAUUUCUGUCCUAGGCUGAGAGAACCAUGUUUACUAAAUGUGUUUAUUUGCAACCAUAACUUAUUUCUUCUGAAAAUAUAAUUGCAAGAAAAAUGUUUCAGUAUUUCACAUACUGUGUGAAGUUGAAAUACUGGAGGACCUUGGUUAAUGCUCUGUAAAUCAUGUUUUUUCCAAACUGGUAAGGAAAUUGUACCAAAAUGUUCACUAAGAUUUCACUAAGAUCCCGAGCGUGGCCACUGCUGCUGCUCACUGCUCCCCUCACCUCCCAGGGGGUGAACAUGGGGAUGGGUCAAAUACAGAGGGUAGUUUCACGACAUCUAGUGUGUGUGACUAUCGUUGGGACUUUAAGGCUAUGUCGACACUAAGCUGGAUAACCCCUCAAUAAUUAUUUAUCCUAAGCCCCGUUUCAGGCACACUAAACUAUCGUUUAAGGACCCCUCUUCGGAUAAUGUUUUACACGGGUAAGUGCGCCGUGUAUUUCUUGAAUUUCCAGCUCCUAGCUUUGUAUGGACUCAUUGAUCGUUUACGAACUGAGUUCGUGGAGGAAGUGACCCCAGAAAGACUGUGCCCCACACAGGAAGUGACGUCAGAAAGCGGUUUGGUAAUUCGGAGCUAACCACUGGAAAUAUGAAGGCGAGUCCUCCAAACAUUCUCCUUCUUCUACAUGUACAGACGCUUGUGGAAAUCACACAUGCUAUUUGGAAUACAACACAUCUCAGACGGCAAGAGAACUUUCCAAUGUCCAGGUCAGCUGUGAUUCUACUUACCAAGAAACUUUGUCCAGAAUGCGAGCUCCCAUGGAUGUGAUUAAAAAAAAGGUAGCGUGUGUUUUGUAUUAUUUGGCCGACGAGGGAAGACUACGAAAAACAGCAAAUGCAUUCGGAUUGGCAAAGGAGACUGUAUCAGUUGUUGUCCACCACGUAUGUCGUGGACUCAACGUCUAGGUCCAGAGUACAAAAAGUCACCAAAAACGAAUUGACUAUAAAGAUGAAGUCGAAAGAGUGAGGAGUGUCCUGACCAGAUAUCUAGAUCCCUAGUUUGAUUGUUGUAAAAUGUUCUUACUUACUUUACUGACUUUUACGUGUUUAUUAAAGAUUUGAUUAAUUUA